AUGGCUGGGGAACACUACGGGUCUAUGAUCAAUGGAGAUGCCACCCAGCCACCACUAGCAUCAUCGGUCCAGGAGGAAAACUCCAACUCCAUUUUUCGAGAGCUACAGCCUACCCCUAGCAUUGAGUUGCGUCAGAAUCAUGCCGUAUCUACAUCGAGCAGCAAGGUUUUGGCUAGAAAACGUUGGAACUUGACUGAUGCUGACUGGAUGGCUCAAAAGGAGAGAAUAUAUGAUCUGUUUAUAAGGAAAAAUCUCACCCUAGACGAGACGAUGUCUAUUAUGAAAGAAAAAUGGGGAUUUAACGCGUCCCCGAAACUAUUCAAGGAUAAACUGAAGGUCUGGGGCUACGCCAAAUAUCGCAAGAAGAAUAUCAUUCAGAAGAACUUGCGGGAGGCAAAGUCCUGGCAAGAACUUGAGACGGAAAUCGUGGCUGGGAUCAGGAAGGUCGAAAUGGAUCCCAUCUUGAAAGCUCACUCUGGGAUGACGGCAAGUGCGAGCGAUAAAGAAAAUGACUCCGCAGCCUUCCAGUCAAGUUAUCAUGCGAACUCCGGAAAGGGGGAUCAUGCCAAACCACACGGCAAAUGUUGGUCCCCCUUCAAGAUGUGUGCCCGAAGCCAAGCUGUCAAGCAGAUGGCUGAAAGGGACUAUGGCAACGCGAUAACCAAUCUUCAAGCAGCAUUGACUGGCCUCCAAUUCCUCUCAGCCCCGCCACAAGCCUAUGUAAGGAGUACAGCAUGGAGUCUUUCUGAUGCGUAUGUGAGAACUGGAGACUUGGGCAUGGCAGACGCGGUCAUCAAUUGGAUUUCAGCCACCUAUAUACACGACAAAGGCCUCUGGAACCCUGAAACCUUGGAUCACUAUCUCCGCGUGAUAGACUGGCUUCUUGAAUCCAGAAGGGUGCACGACGGAAAGUGUCUUGGUUUCAUGUUCUAUCUAGCCUGUAGGGAUCGCUAUGGCCCUCAACAAACAAUUCGAAUAGCAUGCAACAAAUAUGUUGAGAACCAAAUGGCAGAACCCCCUGAUAAAUCAGUCUUUGACUUGUUGUCUAGAAAGUCUGACGAUCCAAUAGAAGUCCGCCAGCAGUUAAGACUUGCCAAACUUUGGUCUACUGCCGGAAUAGAAGGGAUUGAGGAGAUGCUCCAGAGCAUGGUUGCUGUCUACAAUUCUUACGCUGCUAAAUCAAAGUCCCUAGGGAUUUUUGCCAGGUGCGCUUUGAUUCGGCAUUAUGUGAUCAUGGGAAGUCACGAUGCUGCAACAAAGGAGUGCAAGGAGUCGAGGGAUUUGCUGGCCGCGUUCAUUCGGGAAUUUACAUUGUCGGAGCUACGAGACAUGCUUCUUUUGUCCCGAGAGCUAGCAGCACUGCAUCUUCAGAACCAAGAUCCGGAUAGAGCGAAGAGAGUUCUGACUUGGACGGCCGAUACCCUGCAGACAUUGAUUUUGGUGCCUAGCAAACUUGGCGACAACUCUGAAAAUACCAUCAGAAUCGCCGUGGGUGGCGUGAUGCCAGGAUAUGGUUUGAGCGGGCAUACGGUCUGUCUAUACGGCGUCUAG